CCGAAGCUUCCAGAAGCAGCAUGAAGGCCGUGUCGGGGCCUGGGGCCGGUACCGGGGCCGGUACCGGUAACGGGGCCUGUACCGGGGCCGGGUCCGUGUUGUUGUCCGUCAGCAGCAGCCUCACGGCCCGCAGGGCUCCCAAGCGGUACAGCACCGGGAUCACUGUGGCCGAGCUCAAGUGCAAGCUGGAGCUGGUGGUGGGCAGCCCGGCCUCCUGCAUGGAGCUGGAGCUCUAUGGCACCGACGAUGAGCUCCUGGGGCGGCUGGACUGCGAUGAGGCCCUACUGGGAUCCUAUGAGCUGUGGGAUGGAUGCAGGGUGCACGUUAUUGACCGCAGCGGCGCUCGCAUUGGGGAGUAUGAGGACGUGUCCCAGGUGGAGAAGUAUGAGAUGACAGAGAGUGACUAUGACAAGAGACCAGCCUAUGGGGUAACACACAGCCUAUGGGGUAACACAUACAGCCUAUGGGGUAACACAUACAGCCUAUGGGGUAACACAUACAGCCUAUGGGGUAACACACAGCCCAGCCGGAGGGGGACGGUCAUGUAUGUGGGACAAACUGACUUCAAGCCAGGCCACUGGGUGGGGGUGCGCUACGAUGAGCCCCUGGGCAAGCACGACGGCAGUGUCGGUUCCCGACGUUACUUCGAGUGUAUUCCCAAAUACGGAGCCUUCGUCAAGCCCCAAAGCGUCACCCCCGGAGACUUCCCGGAGGAGGAGCUGGGCCUGGAGGAGGAGGAGCUUUGAGGGCGGAGCCUCCUCAAGCCACGCCCCCAAACAACACAAACCACGCCCCCAACCUCCAUUUCCCACCACCCGCCCCCCCUUUUGGCGGGGUUUUCCCCGCUGGCCACGCCCCCUCGGCACUGAAGGGGCGUGGCCUGCAGGGCGCGCCUCCGCGUGGGGCGUGGCUUCCCCGCUGACCACGCCCCCGCUCGCCACGGGGGGCGUGGCUUUCUAUUGACCAUGCUCCCUCGCUAUGGAAGGGGCGUGGUUUCUCCCUGGCCACGCCCCCUCAUCCCAAGGGGCGUGGCGUUGCCUGCGGCAGCCAAUCAGCGAAGAGGAGGCGGGGCCAAGCAGGGAUGGGUGAGUG